AUGUAUAUUGUUCUAAAGUUUCUGAAUUCCUUCAAUUCAACUUUGAGCCUUUCGACUGCAUUUCGACCUUUCCUCUGUGCGUCCAGUGAGAAAGAGAAGGAAAUCUCCGUCCUCGUGAAGCGCCCUCGACGCAGCGCAGGGGCGGCAAUCCCGUCCUCGAGGCGAGCGGAGAGGCCCAUCGCGUCCUCUGCUGGAGCUCACGUGUCCGGGCCGUUGGAAGGGACGUCGUUCGCCGCCCGACGCCGCGAGAUUGCGCCGCAUGACGACACAAGCGGCCGAAAGCGCUGGAAGGAGGGGCUCUUGCUGCGUCUCCGUCUGGCCACGCCCUACCUCCGCCCAGCUGCCACCCCGCAGGGCCCUGCAGGAGGCGGUGCGCCGGAGAGAGAGACAGACAGACAAGAAGAGGCAGCAAGAUAA